AGCACACCCCUAUAAGGAAGGCCAGCUCUGCCAGCUCUGUCAUUGAUUGACCGGAAAACGCUCGGAGUGUGAGCGACAAUAAGAAUACCAACAACAGCAACGAUGGAUAAAUUCAGGUCUGCAUUUAACAGCAUGAUUAAAACUGAGCGGUACAGCAGGUUCACUCUCCAGCCGGCGGUGGACGGAGAGAGACACGUUGAGGUCAGACUGUCUGAUGAUGCCACAGAUGACGCUACAGAUGCUGAGGGUCAGGAUGGGGGCUCCCCGAGCUUCAGGCCAGCGCCUCCGCAUCAACCCCGCCGUAACAUUUGCUACCUGGUCUUGGGAACCCUGCUGAUAUUUGUUAUCGGCUACCUGGUCGGCUAUAUCAGCCACCGUAAACCUCGGGUGGAACUGGUGAACUGUAGCAAAGAGUUGGACACUGAAACGGCGACGGGGGCGGCGACGGGGACGGCGACAGCUGUUGUUAAACCAGCUCCUGCAGUUCAGCUGGCCUGGAAGGACAUCACCAACCUCCUCACGCAGAAACUCACCAGCCAGGCCUUUGACCAAACUCUGAGGGACUUUGACCUGCCCAAACGUUCUGCGGGAAGCGAGGAAGAUAUGAAACUGGCGAACCUCAUGUUCGACGAAUUUAAGACACUGGAAAUGGAUCCAUGGACUGACAUCCACUACAUUCAGCUGCAGACGCCAGACAGCGAGCGUCCAAACCGCAUCCUUUUUGGUUCGGAUGACUUCAAGCCGACAGGGUAUCUGGCUUACAGUGCUACUGGGGAAGUCCAGGGGAAGCUGGUGUACGGCAACUAUGGCCGCCAGGAGGACCUGGAUGUUCUGCAGAAGAACAGCAUUGAGCUGAAAGGCAGCGUGUUGCUGCUCCGGGCUGGAAGCAUCAGUUUUGCAGAGCAGGUUGAUAAUGUUGCCACGAAGGGGGCCUCUGCUGUUCUCAUCUACCCUGACGUUAAAGAUUACGACUAUGUGUCAGACACAGCACUCUAUGGACAUGUCCAUCUAGGUUCAGGGGACCCCUACACCCCUGGAUUCCCCUCCUUCAACCACACCCAGUUCCCCCCAACUCGAUCGUCUGGCCUCCCCAAAAUCCCAGCCCAGACUAUCACCGCCAAAAUGGCCACAGCUCUUCUACAGAAAAUCGGCGGUCCUGAAGCCAGCGGUGGUUUUCUAGGCGGCUUAAAGUCGGUGACUUACAGACUGGGAGGCAGCGAGAACAUCACUGUCGAGGUGAACAACGUGCUGGUCAACAGGGAGAUCCACAAUGUGUUCGGAGUCAUCAAAGGAUUCACUGAUCCUGAUCGCUACGUUGUGCUGGGAGCUCAGAGAGACGCCUGGGAUAGAGGUUACGCCAAGGCCGCUGUUGGAACCUCGGUACUGGUCCAGCUGGCCAGGGCUGUUCACGAGAUGGUGGAGAACGACGGGUUCAGGCCCAGGAGGAGUUUGGUGUUUGCAAGCUGGAGUGCUGGAGAGUACGGAAGUGUUGGUGCCACCGAGUGGUUGGAAGGUUAUAUGUCCUCUAUUGACAAACGUGUCGUCACCUACAUAAGUCUGGAUGGAAUGGUCAUGGGUCAUGGGAGCUUUAUGGCCUCGGCGAGUCCGCUGCUCCACAGGCUCCUCGAGAGAACGAUGAAAGCGGUGAAGAGUCCCGUUGGUUCUGACACCAUCUACAAUAUGAUGGGAAAAAGUAACUGGGAGGCCAAUACACUGAGACCAAUGUCAAUGGACGAUCCCGCCUAUCCCUUCCUGGCCUUCUCUGGGAUUCCCUCUAUCUCUUUCCACUUCAUCUCCCCCAAUUCUGAGACCUACGCUUACUACGGCACCAGCUUGGACAACAAGGACCACCUCAAUUACCAAACCAACCAUCGCACCAGCGAAGUGACGGCGGUGGCGGCACAGUUUGCUGGGCAGAUGGCUCUGCGACUGAUCCACGACCACGUGCUCAACCUGGAUGUGGGACGGUACACCAGAGAAAUCAGCAAGGCUGUGGUCCCGGUCUACAAACGCGUCAGCCAGCUCUCACAGUCUGGACAGCUGAAGGAAGUGAAUCCCACCUGGCUAGGCCGAGCAUGCAGCUCGUUCCAGCGUGCUGCUUCUGGCAUCAUUAGAGACAUCGACAACACUGACCUAAACGACAAGGAGGCCUGUCGGCUCCUCAACGACAGGAUCAUGACGGUUGAGCACUCCCUCCUCUCUCCGUACGUGUCCCCCUUAGAGACUCCCUUCCGUCACCUCCUGCUGGGUCGGGGCUCCCACACUUUGGCAUCCAUCACCAAGACCACCGACAUGGGGCAGCUCCACACCCAGGUGGCCCUGGCCACCUGGACCCUGCAGGGAUGCGCCAACGCCAUGGUGGGAAACAUCUGGGACAUCGAUGACGAAAUCUAAUGAAGGGGAAACAGGGAGGUGUGAGCGUGGGUGUCCUGUAUGUGUGUCGAUGAAAUUUAGAUUUGAGGUAGAGCAGAGGGAGGAGCUCCAAUCAGCACUUAAGCACAAGCUGUCAAUCAGAGGUCUAAGCCCUGCCCUUUUAAAAAAAAAAAAAAAAAAACAGGCAUAUAAUAUGUUGUUUUGGGGGGCGUUCUGCUCUCAAAGAUCCAGGAGGAGGUAGAAAAAUAUAAAAAACCUUCUAAAAACUGUGAACAAAAUACUUGAAGAAACAAAAAUCUACUGACAAAUCUGCCUCUAAACCAACACGGACCAGUCGAAGCCUUCGCUGAGACCUCUUGCCAUCAAAACACUGAGAAACCUUAUUUAUACUUAAGUUUUUUUUAUCAGUGGCAGUGCCCACUAUAAAGUUAUCGUUUGUCUUUUUAUACGACGUUAUCGGAAGCAGUGCCUUCCAUAAUUAUGACGGUUAUACUGUCUAAUCCUCCGGCAGCAUCUGCUACAGAAAUGACUCCUCAACUGUUGCUGACAAAAUGGAGCCCCUGAUAAAGUGAGAUUUUUAUUUUUCGCAGCCUUCAUUUCUUCCUUUUUGUGUGGAGAUUCCAGCUGACAUGGUGAUUUUUGCUAAUAUUACUUCACAAGAAAGUACUGCACGUUCACUCUGUCAUCGAAUAGUUAUUUAAAAAGCAUUUAAAAGGAAGAAACUAAGGCUAGAAAAAAAGUUUUUCCUGAUCUAGUGUCAGGAUUUAAAUUUGUCUAGAAAACUAGAAGAGAAACAUUUUAUUUAUAUACCACAAGCCCAGAGAUGAUGUUUGGCUUGAUGUAUUCUGCACUUGUUAGCAGGCUGAAUGCUAAAUUUAAAAUGAAAAGAUGCUCAAAAAGCCAUCUAGAAACUUGACAAAACAUUAUAAAACACCACCUUUUUUUUUUUUUUUUUAGCGCAACAACUGAGCUGAUUGGUUCCAUAAGUUGCAAGAAAGCCAUUUAUGUUGCACAGUCUACUUUGGAGCAGUUAAUAAUGAUAAAGUUAUCGGGAGCAGUGCCUUCCAUAAUUAAAACCCCAUUAUCGGAAGCAGUGCCUUCCAUAAUGACAAGCAGUGAUGGUAGUUUUUGCCUACCAGUGUGUGUGUGUGUGCGUGUGUGUGUGUGCGUGUGUGUGCGUGCGUGUGUGUGUGCGUGUGUGUGUUUUACAUGUGUAUUUAUCGGGAGCAGUGUCUCUCAUAUUUCACUUGACGGGUGGAACAACUUAUCGGGGACAGUGUUUCCCAGAGUUUUAUACUUAAUUAUUUUUUGGUUUUUUUGUCUUCUUAUUUCCGGAUUAGGUGUGUGUGUGUGUGUGUUUGUGUAGGUGCGGCUCACAUUUCUGUAUUAUGCUUUCGACCUCUCUGCAGUAGAAUCGGUUCUGGUCUAUCGGGCUCGUUGCCUCCAAACCAUGCCAGUGUUUCUGUGUGUUAGUGACUUUAAAAACGCCUCAGAUGCUUCGCCUACAUGUAAAUCCACUCCACAAGCAGCCGCAAUAGCUCUCGUUGCAUGUUACACAUUUCCUCUUCACUGCAUGUUACUGUAUUGCUUUACUGAGAUGUAGCUCAACAGACUUGGACCGUGUUACAAAACGUUCAAAUUAGGGUUGAACUAAUGUUUGUUUUUUUAGAUACAAAACGAUAUUUUUGCUGCUGGAUGAUAUUUAUUAUACCAUUGUCUUCCCAUUAAGUCCCAGUGGCUUUCCCAGAAUAUUGUCAGGCCUCUGGACAAAAAAAAUUGAAUAAAUAAUAUAAAAAAAUGUAUUAUUAUUGCACCCUCAAUUGAUUGAACCUGGAUACAAAUGUUUAAUAAUAAGACAUGUUAAAAGAGCAGAAUCAGUCAACCCUAUUGAAACCAUUAUAUGAACUCCUUUUUAGAAUAUACACUAGAGCAAAAUGUCACUGUUUCAUUAUUCAGAUUGUUACAUGUUUGAAUAGAUUUGGUUCCUUGUGUUAGUUCUGUUGAGUUUCAUGCUGUUAUAUCCUGUUUUUACUUUCCUACAUCCUACAUUUUCCGCUAACUGCAACUAAAAUACUGUAUGUUAUGUCGAAAUGCUUUGUUUCACAACAUGCUCAGUAUGAUUUCUGUACUUGAAAAGAUCUUGAAGAUGUGUGUGUGAUCUGUGAUCUCCAUGUUCAGCAGGAAAGUCUAAUAAACCCUUUUGGCUUAUAGCAUCCAGUAAA